ACUAAAAUCGAUUCUGAUCAUCAUGCACUGUUUUCCGUGUUUCUCUUCGCCAAAGAACAAGAAAUCUUCAUCUACGAAUGAAACUAACGACAACAACGAACCCAGACCACCUGAUAGGAGACGUACAGAAGAAACAGAGGAAACAGAGCAAUCAGAAGGAACAUCGUUAAAGAUAUUCACUUUCCGGGAAUUAGCAACGGCCACAAAGAAUUUCCGGCAAGAAUGUUUGCUAGGAGAAGGUGGAUUUGGUAGAGUUUACAAAGGAACCCUUAAAUCUACUGGCCAGGUGGUGGCUGUAAAGCAACUAGACAAGCAUGGAUUACAUGGGAACAAAGAGUUUCAAGCUGAGGUUUUGUCUUUAGGCCAACUUGAUCAUCCGAAUCUUGUUAAGCUUAUUGGGUACUGCGCAGAUGGAGAUCAAAGACUUUUGGUCUAUGAUUAUAUCUCUGGAGGUUCACUUCAAGACCAUCUUCACGAACCAAAACCAGACUGUGAACCGAUGGAUUGGACAACGAGGAUGCAAAUAGCGUAUGGUGCAGCACAAGGGCUUGAUUACUUGCACGAUAAAGCGAAUCCACCUGUGAUAUACAGAGAUUUGAAAGCUUCAAACAUUAUGUUAGAUGAUGACUUUUCUCCUAAGCUUUCUGACUUUGGUCUGCAUAAGCUAGGACCAGGAACAGGUGAUAAGAUGAUGGCUCUAUCUUCACGAGUAAUGGGAACUUAUGGUUACUCUGCUCCUGAGUAUACGCGAGGAGGAAAUCUCACUUUGAAGUCAGAUGUCUACAGCUUUGGUGUUGUGUUGCUUGAGCUCAUCACGGGUCGAAGAGCUCUUGAUACUACUAGGCCUAAUGAUGAACAGAACUUAGUUUCUUGGGCACAACCGAUAUUUAGAGAUCCUAAGAAGUAUCCGGAUAUGGCAGAUCCAGUUCUGAAGAAUAAAUUAUCAGAGAGAGGAUUAAACCAAGCAGUGGCAAUAGCGUCAAUGUGUGUGCAAGAGGAGGCAGCAGCUCGUCCUCUGAUAAGCGAUGUAAUGGUUGCGCUUAGCUUCCUUUCGAUGCCUACAGAAGACGGUAUUCCCACAGCAGUUCCUAUCUUAUCCUUCAAGGACAAGAGCAUGUCUAUAGCCUUAAGCCGGCAUGAUUCAAAUCUUGUGUCUCCUCCCCCUGAGCUAGCUACGGAAGAUGACAAAUCUAGUACAUCAUCAGGCGAAGAAUCAUCUUUGGACAGUGAAAAGGAGAGUGUGAGUAAGAAGAAGUAUAAGAAGAACCAUGAAGAGGAAGAUAGCUCAAUGGAAUCUGAUGAUGGGUCUGAUUCUAACUCUGAACAUGAAAAAGACCAAGAUAGUCCACCACCAAAGCCUAUUGAUGAGAAGAACCAGGCGCAAAGCUUGAAGAUAAAGUAUAGAUAUAGCUGGGAAGAUAUAGAUGUCAGUGAUGAGAGGCUAAGCAGUAAAAGCAGCCAGAAAUCAAAUGAGGAAAGUACUUCUUCGCGCUAUGAUAGCGACAGAGACCAGGAGGAGAAAGAGAAAGAAGAGGAGGAAGAGGAAGAGGAAGAGCAAGAGCAUACUCAUAUUGAACACAUUCAUAGCUCAAAAACUGAUGAUGAUCAAAGUGUUUACUUUGAUAAUGAUGAUGAUUCAGGAGAUGACAAUGGAGCCUCUUUGCAUCGGAUAAAAUCAGAGGUUGAGAUUGAUUCUAUUAAAGAGUGACUUUUUCAAGAUUUUUAAUCCAUCCAUUGAAGCUCACAAAAAGAGUUUGAAUCAUUUUGGGAAAAACUCUCAAUUGCUGAGUAUUACUAUAAGAUACAUAUUGAUGUUUUUUCUUAACAAAUUAUAACCAUCUCU